GGUCCCUGAGCUCUCUCUCUCGAAACGCCCAGAAUCCCCAAAUCGAGCCAGCGAGCGAGAGAGCUAGGGUUUCUUGCAGUCUAGGGUUUCCUCAAAUCCUCGAUGUUCAUCCCUUCAGAUAAUCCCUUCAUCUGAAAUCAAAUCCUUUAAAUCCCUCUUCUACUCAACCAAUCUCUCCUUCUUCAUCUCGAUCUAGGGUUUCAGUCCCCAAAAUUAUGAUCAUUUCGCCUUCGGUCGCCAUCUCCAUCUCGAUCCAUCAGAAUCUUCGCGCUUUUGGCCCCGGUCUCAAUCCCUUCGCACCUCACGGCAUGGGAAACUAUUCGCUCUCUCGCUAAUCCUCUACCAGUUAAAAUAGCAAUCUUGAGUACUAUGUAAACUCGAAUCUGGCAGUUUCAAUCCUUCGGCCAUAUUUUGGGAGUUUUAGAUCUAUCUGAAGAUUUGACUUCUUGAAUUUGGGAGAUAUUGGCGGUAAAGUAUGCUGCAGGAACGGGAAAUCUGGCGGUUUGGUUUUCAGGACGAGCAACAGGAGCGGCCGAGGCGGCAGCUGACGAGGAGGCAAUCGUUUAACCAGGGAUGGAAAGAGAGGGAUGAUAGGGGCUGGACCUUGCUCCAUAUUGCGGCUCGCAAGGGCGACCUUAAGGAGGUAAGACGACUAUUGGAUGAAGGCAUGGAUGUCAACACGCCUGCAUGGGGACCCAAAUCUCAGGGGGAGACCCCUCUACACCUUGCUGCUCAAGGUGGACACAUCAAAGUUAUGGAUGAACUGCUUGAACGUGGUGCCAACAUAGAUUCCAGGACUAAAGGCGCUUGUGGCUGGACUCCUCUUCAUAGUGCAGCCAAGGAGCGAAACAAAAAAGCUGUCAAAUUUCUAAUAGAAAAUGGUGCUUUCCUGCCUCCGGACAUUUUCGAUCACAGGUUCAAUCCACCCCUCCAUUACUGCAGUGGUCUGGAAUGGGCAUACGAGAUGAAGCGCCAACAAGAUGAAGGCUUCUCAAGCAGUCAAACCUCUUGCAGCUCCGAGAACUAAAUCAAAGCUUCAGUUUGAAUCUUUGAUCGCUUGAUAUGGAAUUAUAUAUGUUCAUUAUACUUGGGAAUGUAUCUACUGUGUUUCAGUUGUAGCAUGGCUUCCUUAUUUUCAUCUGUCUGGUGUGAUGGCCAUUUGUGACAUUAAGAAUAAUAUGCCUAAAUAAAGCGGUUUGUUUGUAGUGAGAA